AAACACCCUCGUUGGUACGUUCUUUUCAAAUCAAAACUCUCUUCCCAUCAUUACAAUAGAAACAUAUGAAGCUUUUUGACCAAUAGUGCACCAACUCAUUUUACUACCAGAUGUGUUGUUUUAGUGGAUGGUGCGGUCUGGGGCGAUAAAAUGUGCAAAAUGAAAACUUUUGAUUAUGUAAAAUAGUCCUAAUUAAGGGUAAAACCAUGGAUAUGAGACCUAUCUUUGGUGGAUACCCGUUUCAAGGUCAAGGACGUGUUAAUCAACUAGGAGGAGUUUUCAUUAAUGGACGUCCUUUACCUAAUCACAUUCGAUUAAAAAUCGUCGAAAUGGCCGCUGCUGGAGUUAGACCAUGUGUCAUUUCAAGACAAUUGAGAGUUUCUCAUGGAUGUGUUUCGAAAAUUUUGAAUCGGUAUCAAGAAACGGGAAGUAUAAGACCGGGAGUUAUCGGUGGUUCUAAGCCACGAGUUGCUACACCUGAAGUCGAAAUAAGGAUAGAACAAAUGAAAAAGGAAAAUCCAACGAUAUUUUCGUGGGAAAUUCGAGAGAGACUCAUUAAGGAAGGAGUCACCGAUCCACCAAGUGUCUCAUCAAUCAGUCGUCUACUACGUAGUGGUGGACGCAGAGACGGUGAUCCUGACGGGAAAAAGGAUUACACAAUCGAUGGAAUUCUCGGUGGUCGUGAAGACGAAAGUGACACCGAAUCCGAACCGGGAAUUCCUCUAAAACGAAAACAACGCCGAUCAAGAACCACAUUUUCCGGAGAACAGCUCGAAGCUCUCGAACGAGCUUUCAGUCGAACUCAAUAUCCUGAUGUGUACACGCGCGAAGAAUUAGCUCAACAGACCGGAUUAACCGAAGCCCGGAUUCAAGUUUGGUUUUCCAACCGAAGGGCUCGUUUACGUAAGCACGUGGGAAACGGAAACGCCACAGCUUUGGGUUUCCCUUCACUCCCGCUGGCUAAUAUGGCAUGUCAAUAUCAACCAGAAAGUGCACAACACGAUUGGAGAAACGCCCAAUUCUCCAACUACAACAUGUUUCAGCAAUCCUCGUACAAUGCAAAUCACCAGGAAAAUUAUUCGGCGAUUUUUGACGCAAAUUAUGCCCUCGCUCAAGCACAAAUGGCACAAGCGAGUAAAAGUAAAGAGAAUGACACCAAGAAUGGAAUUUUGGGAGCAAAUCCCGGAACUUCAUGGGGGAAAAACGGGGAGUGGGUGAACUUUCAGGAUAACGCUCCGGCGAGUUUCAGCGGUGAUGUUUUCGGCCAAACUCAGUAUGCGGCCAAGAAUUAUUGGGCGUAAUUUUAGGAUAAUUAUUGUAAUGGAUUCAAAUAACAUUAAAAUAUUGUCAGUAAAUUUUAUUUCACAUUUAUUUUUAACACUAGAUAAGACAGAAGCCGUUGUAAAAUCCGGCUGUUAUAUUGUCUACAAUUACAUUUAUUGUCAUUA